GCCUCCUUUCUUCCUUCCCUGCCCUGCCUGCCUUCUUCAAUAUCUCUCUCUUAUUAGUUACAUAUUCACGGAUUCCUCUACAUCUAUGCGUGUGUUGCGUUGCAUCGACAUCGCCGUAGCAUUUCACAUCAACCACUACCGAUGUGGUGGCGAGUGCGGCGGAGGUGACGCUGCUUUGUGUUUUUGGUCGACUCCGCUGGCAUUCGUUUUGGCCUGUUUGCUGCAGGAGCAGCUAGGUAGCUAGCUAGCUUUCUUUCUUUUCUUUUCUCAGGUGGGGGAGGAGCCUGUUUUGCGUUUCGACAUCGAGGAUUUUGAGUGGUGUUUUUGUUGGGAGUGAGUUGCGAUCGAGUCGGAGGUGACGAGACGAGCGUAGAGGGUUAUUAAUUGAGUGAGGAAGUUGAGAGUGCGGUUGUGUGUGUUUUUCAUAGUUUCGUUGGAAACGGACCUAUGGAGCCGCCACGGAAGGAGCUCGUGGUUGGGGACAACCCCGGGGACGGCGAGAGUAGCGAGAGCGUGGUGCUGCAGUGUGGGUCGUCCGCGGAUGUGGAGCAAGGGGAGGAGGUUGUGCGAGGGGAGACUCGUGCACGGGAGAGUGGGGGGUUUGUGAGCGGGCGGAGCAUAUCAGCGGCGUUGCACUCGUACUGCGAUGGGCUCGAGUCAGAGAUAGUUGUAGGAGGACCUAAGGCGCAGGGUCUGUUGCGAGGUCUUAGUGUAGAGGUUGAGGACUGGUCUCACAUGGACAAGCUGGGGUGCUUGGUCGAGAAUAGCUGUGCGGAGGAUGUUGACGUGGUUAGUGACCGCGAUGACGCGGUUAGCGUGCGUGUUUUGAGUCGAUCGGAUGGAGACCGGAGAAUGGACAGCUUGCAAAAUGGGUUCGCUUAUUUGACAAGCGGUAUCAGCAAAGGACCAUGCCGAACACAGAAGAGCUUCAUGCACGAUCCGUUUGGAGUUGGCGAGUCUCGUGGCAUGGUUGACAGUCUUCCAAUGAAGAGAAAGCUUGACGACAUGGAAGAAUGUUGUACCGUGGUGGAGUCUGAGAUGUGCGAGGACUCUGUGAGCGAGGACGAUUGGACCUCGUCAUCGUCUGUCUCGGAUGCUAGUGACAGCGAGUCUGAGCAAUGGACGAGAAGGAGAAACCUUAUCAAGAGAAAGAGAAGCGGAGGUGACAUAACUGAAGCCUUUCAACCGAGGUCUGGUUUGCUUUUCAAAUCUAGGAGCGCUCUGGAUCAAGAGGAAUUAGUGGACUGCAACGAGGAGUUGAAAGGGAUGCAAGAAUUGUUGCAAAUGCAAAUACAGGCUUCUGAUAGGAGGGAAGCAGGAAUGAAGCAGCGUAUGGAGAUGAUGAUGGACAUGUUAUUCAAACACAUGGGACACGUAGAGAAGCGUGUGAGCAUUCUUGAAGAUGUGGCGCAACCGCAGGAUCAAGUCUUGGAGAGAAUUAACGUUAAAUUAGAGAAGGUCAUGGAGGGGUUCUCCACUUUGAAUGAGAACCUGACAAUCCUGUCUGCCUGUCUAUCCAAGAACUUGGAGUCUCAAUGACACUUCUGAAAUUAUAAUUGUACAUACCACCUGUGUAGUCAAAAUUUUGUUUCUUUUUCUUUUUUGCCAUACGGGAACUUUUUGGGAAAUACUUCCGAGAAGUCGAACAACGAGUGGAGAUAGUCAGAGGGAGGGUAGGGGUACCAUUGUGGUACAGGCGCAUCCCCUGAAUUCACAUUGCGAGAGCCCAAGUAGGUUGAUGCAUCAGUUGUUUUCAUUGAACAUACAGCCUCGAGAUUUGAAGCGAAUUAUGGAAAAAAUUCACACGUA